AUGUCGAAAUUCAACUUCACUGAAGAAGAUCUCGAACACAUUGAUUUCGUUGAGGUUCCGAAGGAAGAAUGGAUUAGGCGGGAAGCCAAGAAUAUUGCAAACCUAAGUGGGCCCGACUUGGACUGCUACCUGGAACUCUGUCAAAUUUAUUAUAAUGCAGAAGCGACAUGCCAGGGCUAUUUUAUCAACAACAUCGAGGGAUUUACUGACUACGACGACUGUCCAGAUGAUCUUCGUUCCUUCCUCAAUGGCUAUGCCGAUGAAUAUGAAUACCUCUUCGACAAGAUGAAAGAAGCUGAACUUCAGAAACUGGCUGCGCUUCAGGAACUAGGUGGUCAAAGGGACAUGCGCUCAACUGUUUAG